UCUGUCUGUUUUUCUUGCCUUGAGGCUUCAGUUAAUUAAAGUUGAUUACCCCAUUUCUCUUAGAAAAAAAUUGAAAAUACAUCCCGAAACAACUAAUCAAAAUAUUUACAUAACGAAUUUCCAAUACCAUUGCGCGUGUCGUCUAAAAAUAGAUCUUUUCGAUUAACACAAUGGAGGACAGUGAGAGACGAUGGAACAUUGUUUAUGUUCCUAGCAACAACUUUGAACCUCAUCUUAGAAUCUUUUUUUCAAUGGACACGGCAAAGAAAAUUAGAGAACUAAAAGAAUUAUUAUUAAAAUUUCUUGGCAAGGAACAUUUGGCAUUAUCCCAAAUCGCCAUUGCUUCUUUUCGUAAAGAUUGGAUAUACCGGGCAUGUGAUAAAUUCGAACAAUGUAAAAUUGCUAUACUAAUGGACGAUAUAGAACUGACAGAUUUGAAUCUGUUCGCUUUCGAGAUCAAUAGUCCACCGAGUGGCUUUAAAUGUGCACAGUGCCUUCAAGAAUGCGAUAAUGAAUGGACAAAGCACGAAAGUGGAAAAAAUUGCUUCUUUUUCAUGAGCGAUAUUUGUAUAAAGAAUUACUUCCAGAAAGAUGCGAAGUUUCAUCUAUGCCCUGUAUGUAACGAAAAAAUGACGCAAUCAUCGUUCAUUAAAACAGGGACAAUUAUACCUUCCGUUGAGCUAUACAACGUUCCUAUUAUUUUAAUGCACGACAAGAAAAGCUUUGGGUAUCCAAGAUUGCUGAAACUGCCCUACAGUACCUACGUUAGCGACUUAUUUGAAAUUGUUAAGAAAGUCGUCCCACAAGGAAAAUAUUCUCUGCACAAAAUGUGGUUGACGGAGGUUAGAUCUGAUAAUUUCUUGGAAUACGCAAUCGCAGAAACUGGCUGCGAAAUACCUAAAACUGGCCAAGUUUGCAUAUUUCAUAAAGCAAUUACUGUGCAGUAUCAUGGCAGCCUUCCAAAAAUCUCACCACCUAUUCUUCACCGCAUUGAUACGAAACAAUCACCACACUAUCCAACUUCUCUUUUUGACACUUCGCAACUUGCCAGUGGAACAAAUAAUCCAUCCAAAAACUCAACUCUACCGAAAGCAUUCGAGAAGGUUGAGGAUCCCAAAGUUGAUGAUCCUCAGCUUUCCAACACUAUUUUUACUGUGAAAGAUCCUAAAUUUACGGUUCUUAUCUGGCCCAAAAUUAAUAUUGAUCUAGAAGAAAAUUUUCGAGUAACAGAACAUUCGAAAAUUGAUGUUCCGACUUGGAUGAGUGAUGACUUUCCUGAGGUGCAAAUGACUACUAAAAAAGAUCGUAAUUCUGAAAUUGGGGAUUCAAACUCACCAGGACAAAUUCUUGCAAACGCUUUGAAUGAAAUCGAUACUCAAACUGAAAUCUGGGAAGAUUAUUUUGGUUUUCAAUAUAAAAUCGACGAGACAGAUGGUAAGAAGUGUUACAAAUGCACAACGGAAAAAGUUUGGUCUUUAUUCCCCAAUAAAAUCGGAGAACAGCCUCUCAAGAUUCCUUAUUUUCACGAUCUGUCUAUUGGCAAGAGUUUUAAAUCGAUUUACAUCGACGUCAAUGGAAACCCUGUGGACUACAAGAUUCUUGGACCAAUCACUGUUACAGAACAAUAUGGAAAUGAACUGAUCAUAAGAACAUGUGCGAGUUUUAGAUCCAGUCAUUAUUUCGUCACUGGACAAGUUCUAUUCAUGAAAAGCGACGAUUUUUUUACGCCCUAUGGUAUUAUCACGUGUUCGCUUCCGGAAGAAAACGAGUAUCGAUAUAUAAUUUCAAAUUAUAAGCAGCAAACUUUUUGCUUGAGCUGCGAAGAUACAAUCCAAGAGAUUCCAUUUAACAGAAUGCAUUGUUCCAUCGCCAAAGAUGAAGAUUUUGAUGUUUGUUAUUGGGAACAACGCGUCGAAAACGAGGAGCGACUAUUGAAAUACUUGAAUAGGAAUUGUGAAGUGGUUUAUACAUGUUGCGAUACCGCUUUUCAAGAAUGCGACCCUAUGAAUAUUACUUGGCAUUGGCUAGGAGAUGGGCAUGAAUGAUGUUUAUAUAUUUUCCUCAAUUAAUAAAAGCAGCAAAAUCUACAAUUUUAAGUUAAUAUUUGUGUGCUGCGGUCUAAAAUGAAAUAUUUCCUUACUUUAAAAAAAAAUUAUAUCUUUUAGGUAGAUUUGAUAAG